AUGGCGACCCCGUCCAAGGCCAUUGUCUCGCGCGGCCCCUUCUCCGAGGGCAAAUGGGCCAUUGAGCCCGUGACACUGCGAGAACUGAAGGAGGAUGAGGUACUCGUUGAGAUCAUAGCCUCGGGCAUAUGCCAUACGGACCUGCACUGCGGUAACACACCAGAUGACAAGGGCGUUCCCGCCGUCUUCUACCCGCGAGUCUUGGGACAUGAAGGGUCCGGGUACGUCAAAGCCGCAGGCAGCGCUGUUACUUCAGUCCAGGAAGGCGACGCCGUGCUGCUGUCGUUCUCAUACUGCGGGGAGUGCCACGUGUGCCAGACAGGACCUCCCUCGCACUGCACCAAGUUCUUUGAGAUCAACUUUAUGGGAGAGCCUGUCUUUUCACCGGCCUCUGGCGCAUCAGAGUCCACGCCAACAAUAGGCGGCCGUUUCUUCGGCCAGUCCUCCUUUGGAGGCCACACCAUCGUCUCCUCCAAGUGCGUCGUCAACGUCAGCUCACUAGCCCUGUCCAGGGAGGAGCUGCGGCUGCUGGCACCAUUGGGGUGCGGCCUGCAGACCGGCGCCGGGACUGUCAUCAACGUCGCCAAGGCUGGGCCCGAGGAUAGCAUCGCCAUCAUCGGACUGGGCGGGGUAGGACUCGCGGCCGUUAUGGCAGCCAAGAACGCUGGGUGCAAGCGCAUUAUCGGGCUCGACCGUCUGAGUUCACGACUAGAGACAGCGCGGGAACUCGGAGCCACGGAUGUGGUGGACACGAGCGAUAAAUCAACUGAGGAGUUGGUCUCAGCAGUCAAGGAGGCAUCUGAUGGAGGUCUUGGCGCUACCAUUGUGAUUGACACAUCAGCUCACCCUCCGCUGGUAUCUGCAGCAGUGCAAUUCACUCGAUAUCUGGCACAGAUCAUCCAAGUCGGUACAGGGAUGCCAGAGGCAUAUCUGAACCUGCACAUGCAAAGCUUCAUGGUUAGUGGCAAGAAAUAUUACGGCGCCGUGCAGGGUCACAGCAGGACUUCUCAGUAUAUUCCGGAGCUGAUCAGAUGGUGGCGGGAGGGGAAAUUUCCCGUAGAGAAGUUGGUAAAAUUCUUUGACUUUGAAGAUUUCGCGGGCGCUAUCAGAGGGAUGGGCGACGGGUCGGUCGUCAAGCCGGUGCUUGUGUGGCGCUGA